CAAGGCUUUACCAAAAGGUUUGUGCAGGAAAUUUAAUUUUUAGCAAGAAUAUUGCAUUUUUAAACCCUGAAAUAGAAGCAGAACCCCUGGAAUUGAGCAGCCAAUUUUACCAAAGGGUUUGUGCAGGAGAUUCCAAUGAUUUUCUGGGUUGUGCUGGCAGGAAUCUGCUGUGGGGUCCUGGAACUCAGGGCAGGGGAUCCAGUCCCUUCUCCUGGCUGCUCUCGGCUGGGAACACAUUCCUGUGCUCACCUUUCAAGUAGCUACAGGCCUGUGGUGCCAGCAGGAGAACCGGAGCUGUGGCUUCAGAGGAAUGACCAGGAGUCAUUUGGGCCAGAGGGAAUUGGAGGCAUCGCUGGGAGCGUGGCCACGCUGCUCCAUGACGCCGUGAUGAAUCCAGCUGAAGUGGUGAAGCAGCGGCUGCAGAUGUUCAACUCUCCGUACACGUCGGUGCUGGGCUGCAUGCGGACAGUGCACAGGACUGAGGGCUUCAGAGCCUUCUACCGCAGCUACACCACGCAGCUGACCAUGAACGUGCCCUUCCAGGCCAUCCACUUCAUCACCUACGAGCUCCUGCAGGAGCGCCUCAACCCUCACCGCCAGUACAACCCCCGCUCCCACAUCGUAGCUGGCGCUGUGGCUGGAGCUGUGGCCGCUGCGGCCACCACGCCGCUGGACGUGUGCAAGACACUGCUCAACACGCAGGAGAACAUGGCCCUGAGCUCCCUCAACAUCCGGGGGCACCUGUCAGGCAUGGCCAACGCCUUUGGCACUGUUUACCAGCUGGGAGGCCUCCCCGGCUUCUUCAAGGGCGUCCAAGCUCGGGUCAUUUACCAGAUGCCCUCCACGGCCAUCUCCUGGUCCGUGUAUGAGUUCUUCAAGUACUUCCUCACCAAGCGCGCGCUGGAGAGAAAGCCGGCCUCGUGAGCGAGGAGCAGGAAUCUCCUGUGCCCCCUCUCAGCCAGCCCAUGGAAUGCUGCUGGGUUCUCCUCUCCCUGCCUGGCCAUUCCCAGUCACUGAGUGUGCUCAGGGAAUCCUGGUUGCUGAGUGUCCUCAGGGAUUCCCAUGGGGCUCCCUAAAGAUUCCCAGUCAUUGAGUGUCCCCAAGGAUUCCUGGGAUUCACUCAGUGUCCUCAGGG